AUGACGAAGAGCAGUUGCAAGAGAGUGUGGGCACUGAACGCAGCGGUAAGGAGAGCAACGGUGAGGAAACAGAAGCGAGAGUGUCCUUUGAGUCCUGACUCCUCCUACCGCCCCCGGCGCCCCGUCUCCAGCAGAACUGUGUGGGCAACCAGCACAAGCGCCGCUGGGCGUGUGGGCUGGCGGAAAUUUUGCGAGCGUUGGGCGACACGGCGUUUCCUGUCUCUGUGUUAUUAUGCUCAUAACCGCUACCAAAGCAAGCAAGGCUGCAAGCCGAACAACCCCAGGGGCGAAAUGACCAUGGGGGCCUUCCCUGCCUUGCCCUUGGGGGAAUGCGACGCUGCUUUCUGCUGUAGUGCUGAUCCAACUGUCAGAGUUGUGAGAGAGUACUAUCCGUACCACAGUACGAAGUGGAGAGGAGAAGCUGAGCUUUCUGAGGAGCCGAGGAGAUGA